UUUAUAGUAUGGGACAACAAUCAACUUAGGUUGCCAGAAGUAACGAAAGACAAACCUUGAAUCAAGUAAUUAAGGUUUGAAUUCUGUUUUUUACAAAUAUAAAAAGUUUAAGCUAAGAGAUAUCUAUUUACUCAGAGUCCGUCAAGUCUCCAAAAAAAAUUAAUUCCUCGUGUGUUGAUAGAGAAUAUUCCUCGGAAAUGGAAAAAAAAAAUUUAUAAUGCAGGAGAACUUUUACAUAUCAGAAUUUGUAAUUAACUACUGAAAUAUAAGCGUGAUUUGAGGAUGAUAAAACAUGACCCACAAAUUCAGUGACAGAGCUAUAUACGUUCGAGUGUGGAAAUGUACCUCAUGACUUUCAUAAUAUACAAGUAAAUUAUGAGAAAUACUUGCCAUACAUAUAAUUUCUUUUCCAUCUCAUUAUUUCUUUCUUGUAUUUUAUCUUUUCUUUCUAACACUCACACUCACUUUAUUACAUCACUACUCAAUGAUAAUAAGAUAUGUAAUUUAUUUAAUUAGAUAGUAUACUAAAAUUGAUCCCACUAUUUUUAUUUUUAUAUGUUAUUGUUAUUGUUAUUAUUAUUAUUAUUAUUAUUAAUUUUCAUCUUCAUUUUUUAAAAUAUACUGACCCAUUGACUCAGGGUUGGUUCUGGAUGUGCCGCUGUACAAAUCUGUCUUAUUGGAGGUAUUUGGAUGUAAAUAGACUUGGAAAACAACGCUAUCAAUGUCAAUGACCAAACAAAUGAAUGGUUAUCGAUUAUCAUUAGACAUUCGAAAAUAUUAUUGGUAAAUUGGUUAAUCCAAGAAACGAAUGGGAGGGCAUGCGAUGCGGUGAAAUGUGAGGUGUGUUGUUGUAGAGGUCCCUUUUUCCUCUGCCUUCUUUUUCGUCAUUCCUACCUUGUUUUGCUAAUAACCCUCGACUCUCCUUAAAAACGUAAAAUUUAUGUUAGUCCGGAGAGAAGGUAAAACUAGAAAGAGCUUGAUAAUACUGUUUAAAUUCGACUACAAAUCACCUUGUGGGAAGUGAUCUUAUUUUAAUUUACUUGGGUAACAUGAAUGAACAACUUCAGCAGAAUGAAACUGUGAAUGCACAAAAUCACAUGGAAAAAAAGGUGGAAACUGUGGAUCAUCGAUCUUCAGCAGGACAAGGCCAAGAAGAGAGGAACGUGCAGGUGAUUCACCAGCCACAUCCGAAGACAAGCGGUGGCGUUCUUUCAGGUGCUGCUGCUGCUGUGGCAUCCACUCUACAGUCUGCCAAGGAUGCCAUAUCCAAAAAAUAAUGUAUUCUGUAAUGUCCUUUGAUCAAUUUGUUUAGCAAAGGACAGCUUUCGUAGUGUCUGAAUUUAUUCUUAUGUAUCUAUGUUAGUUGUCCUAUAAGCACAAAGACAUGGACAAACUAGGGUCAAUGAUGUAUUCAAAUAUCGAAUUGAUCCCAUAUUUUCUUGUUUUACUAUUGUAUUAGAAAAGGCUAAUUCAUCAAAUUCCAUUUUUUCAUCUUCA